CGGGGUGACUGAUUAUGUGGGUGAGUUUUUGGUGUUUUGAUCGUGCUUUACUACGUUUUGUGUGUGUGUACGUGUUGUCGAAAUCAAAAACUCCUCCACUUUUCUUUCUCAUCAUUUUUUUGUUGCCACUAAAGAGUAUUGACAGUUAAUGGUUGCAGAUAAAACUGGUGUCACGAAACGAUUAGCUGGGACGAGUGGGUAUAGUCUCGAGGGACUGUAAUGUAAACAAACUCUGGCUGUGCGCUCGAUGAAAAAUUUGACAUUUGUCUAAAAAACGGGAGAUUUACAGCUGACAAAUAGAUCGAAAUGUCAAUGGAUCCCCUACAAGAAGUGCGUCAGCUAGAGCUGUUGUGCAAACAGCUCUACGAGUCCCAAGAUUCAGCGCACCGGGUCGAAGCUGAAAAAGCCUUGGUCAACUUCCAAAAUGCUCCAGACACCCUCACCAAGUGCCAGAUGUUGCUAGAUCGUGGUGAUUCAGCCUAUUCACAACUUCUAGCCGCGACCACUCUUACUAAACUCAUCUGCCGCUCUGCUCAAGGUCUCAGCUUACAGCAGAGACUCGACAUAAGAAACUAUGUUCUCAAUUAUCUAGCAACUCAGCCAAAAUUGCCAAAUUUUGUUAUUCAAGCAUUGGUUACACUUUUCGCUCGUAUAACGAAGCUCGGUUGGUUCGAUUCUGACAAGGAGGAGUUUAUUUUUAGAAAUGUAGUAAAUGAUGUUUCCAAGUUCCUUCAGGGAUCAGUUGAACACUGCAUGAUUGGAGUACAAUUGCUUUCCCAAUUAACAAGUGAAAUGAACCAAAUAUCGGAAGUAGAUGCCAAUAGAUCGUUAACCAAGCAUCGUAAAAUAGCAAGUAGUUUCCGAGAUUCGCAGCUAUUUGAGAUUUUCAGAUUGUCAUGCUCACUAUUGGGUACAGCACGUGAGAACUGUAAAAAUUUAAAUUUCAACGACGAAGCGCAGCACGGUCUAAUGACUCAACUGUUGAAACUAGCACAAAAUUGUCUAACAUUUGACUUCAUCGGCACAUCGACUGACGAAAGCUCGGACGAUCUUUGUACUGUACAAAUUCCAACGAGCUGGAGACCGGCAUUCCUUGAAUCAACAACAUUAAAAUUAUUUUUCGACCUCUACCAUAAUUUGCCCAACACUCUGUCGUCCCUAGCUCUCAUCUGUUUGGUUCAAAUAGCCUCAGUCAGACGUAGCUUGUUUUCUAAUAACGAGCGAGCCAAGUUCCUGACUCAUUUAGUAAACGGUGUCAAGCACACUCUGCAAAAUCCCCAAGGGCUAAGCGAUCCUGCCAACUACCAUGAGUUCUGCAGGCUGCUUGCUCGAUUGAAAAGCAACUAUCAGCUAGGUGAACUAGUAAUGGUGGAAAACUAUCCCGAGGCUAUUCAACUAAUAGCAAAGUUUACAGUACAGAGUCUGCGAAUGUGGCAAUUUGCUCCAAAUAGCGUGCACUAUUUGUUAAGCUUGUGGCAACGAAUGGUGGCAUCCGUACCGUACAUCAAGGCAGCUGAGCCGCAUCUAUUGGAGACGUAUACGCCCGAAGUGACGAAUGCCUACAUUACUUCAAGGCUUGAUUCUGUUACGGUUGUCGUAAGGGAAGGUCUCGAGGAUCCGCUCGACGAUCUUGGAAUGAUUCAGCAGCAGUUGGAGCAACUUUCUGUCAUCGGCCGGUGUGAAUACCAGAAGACCUGCACUCUUCUGGUUCAGUUGUUUGAACAAGCAGCUAGAACGUACCAGGAACUGAUGACUCAGACCGCCUCGCCCAACCAGCAGAUGGACAUGCUCAUACAGGAGGGGCAGCUGACUUGGCUUGUUUACAUCAUUGGGAGUGCCAUUGGCGGCAGAGUAUCUUUUAACAGUAACGAAGAGCACGACACGAUGGACGGUGAGCUUGUCUGCCGAGUCUUGCAACUGAUGAACCUCACUGAUUCGAGACUGGCGCAAGGAGGCUGUGAAAAACUUGAAUUAGCAAUGCUUAGCUUUUUCGAGCAAUUUCGAAAAAUCUAUGUGGGCGAUCAAGUGCAAAAAAAUUCCAAAGUCUACAGGCGGCUGUCCGACGUUUUGUGUCUCAAUGAUGAGUCCAUGGUCCUUAGUGUGUUUAUUAGGAAAAUAAUAACAAAUCUAAAGUACUGGGGCAGAAGUGAACAGAUAAUCUCAAAAACCUUGCAGCUAUUGAACGAUCUAUCAGCUGGUUACACUUGCGUGCGCAAGCUCGUGAAAUUGGAAGAAGUACAAUUUAUGUUGAAUAAUCACACUAGUGAACAUUUUCCUUUUUUGGGAAACAGCGUGGCUGUGUCAGAAAUGCGCUGUAGGUCGAUGUUUUAUGCCUCUCUUGGCAGGUUACUAAUGGUAGAUUUAGGAGAGGAUGAAGAAAGGUUUCAUACUUUUAUGCUUCCUCUGACAGGUGCUCUUGAAAGCUUGGGUCAAUUAAUGCGAGCUGCCGACACUCCGCUCUUUUCCGCCGAGGAGGCUAAAAAAGCUUUAAUCGGCAUAGCAAGAGACUUGCGUGGAUUAGCUUAUGCGUUUAACACGAAAAUUUCUUACAUGAUGCUUUUUGAUUGGAUUUAUCCAAAUUACACGCCGAUACUGCUGCACGCGAUCGAACUGUGGCACCACGAGCCACAAGUCACGACGCCGGUUCUCAAAUUAUUUGCCGAGCUCGUGCAGAACCGCAGUCAGCGUUUGCAGUUCGAUGUAUCAUCGCCAAACGGUAUCCUACUGUUCCGCGAGGCCAGCAAAGUGAUAUGCAGUUAUGGCAACCGUAUUCUCGGUCUUGAGGUUCCCAAGGAUCAAAUAUAUCCUUUGAAACUCAAAGGCAUCAAUAUCUGCUUUAGCAUGCUUAGAACGGCACUGUGUGGCAAUUACGUCAAUUUCGGCGUAUUCAGGCUCUACGGCGACGAGGCUCUGGAUAAUGCCCUCAAUACUUUUGCCAAAUUGCUCCUCAGUAUAUCGCAAAGUGACCUCUUGGACUAUCCAAAGCUGUCUGUGACUUAUUAUCAAUUACUUGAGUGCUUAGCACAGGAUCAUAUGGCAUUUUUAUCCACCCUGGAGCCGAGCGUAUUUUUGUACAUUUUGUCGAGCAUCAGCGAGGGCCUCACGGCACUAGGUGCGCUUAAAGACACCUACACAGAAACAAACAUAUGUAGUGAUUGUUGUGUAACACUAGAUCACAUUGUAACAUAUUUGUUUAAGCAACUAUACCAACCAGGUAAAAAGAAAAUUGUGCCAGCUGGUAGCGACUUGUUCUUACAAGUUUUGAAGCAGCAUCCCGAAAUUCUCCAACAAAUACUAAGUACUAUUUUAAAUGUGAUAAUGUUUGAGGAUUGCCGAAAUCAAUGGAGCAUGUCAAGACCCCUUUUGGGUCUCAUUCUUUUGAACGAAGACUAUUUUAAUCAGUUAAGGGGAAACAUUAUAAGAAAUCAACCAGUGGAUAAGCAAGCCUCAAUGGUACAGUGGUUUGAAAAUCUCAUGGAUGGCAUUGAAAGGAAUUUACUCACAAAAAAUAGAGAUAGGUUCACACAAAAUCUUUCAAUGUUUCGAAGGGAUAUUAAUGAUUCGUUAAGAGGGCCUAGCUUAAACUCGACAAACACUGGCAGCGAUAUGAUGACAUCGUAGUGACACAGCCGAAUGUGGCACGUCCCUACCCCUUGCGUGUGUGUAUGUCUGUCGGCAAUACAUUUUUCAAAAACUAUAGAUUCUUGCCUGACAAACUGCUUAGAUAUACCUUUUACAGUGUGAAAGCGUGCCUGCGUGAGCAAAAGAGCAUGGUAUAUUAUUUUGAUGACAGUGAUGACAAAAUGGAAAGAUGUUUUGAAUAUGGUUUAUACAAAUGAAGAUGAUAUUUAAAAAAAUAUAAAGUUUUUACACAAAGACUGCUGCUGCUCUUUAAACUUUUUAUGUACACCCUCAGUGUUGUGUGCUGUCUUUGUGAAUGAAUUCGAGCUCCAAGGUUCGAUAAUCUUGAUCAAAAACUAAAUUUAUAAGAUUUAUCAAUUCUUUUUUUCACCCAUUUGUCUGUCUCUGGUUAGGGGCUUUCAUUUGUGCACGUAGAGCUCAUUUUGAUACUACAUUUAUAAGACAUACAAGAAUAUUUCAUAAAAUAAAUUUAUUUCUAUAGUUAUGACGUUUUGGUUUUAUGAAUAUUUCAAAAAAUGUGAUUUAGUUACUUACAUACAAUUAUUCUUGCAAACUUUUUAUCAUCAUUUUCCUAACCAGAGGUGAAAUAAUGAAAAAUAGUGAGAAAUUGUAGUGCUUUUGAUUCAAGUUAUAUACAUCAUAUACUCAAAGAGCAAUACAGUUAAACCUUUCUCGACUUGUGUACGUUUAGAUUAAAUAAAAACGUUAAUAAGGAUGACAAAUGUAUUAAUGUUGACAAUGUGAAAUUACGACAAUUGUUCUGUCAGUGAUAUUCGGGUCAAGAUAUCUGCGCUCUAUAAGUAUUGAAAAAUUUAUAAAGAUACAGUUGUCUCAGUCUCAGAACCAGUGGCUUUGAAAGGUAUUCAUUCAUAUUUCACAUACUCAUGUUUUACUUUGUACUGUCAGACUGGCAUACGUAAUGUAAACACUGUAAACAUUGUAUAUGAAAAAAUUUGUGUGCAUGUGAUUUUAAAACGCAUAAUGAGAACAAUUAUAAACUGAAUGGAGGCAUCAUGUGAAGUGCACAAUAUAUAAAGUUGACAGCACAACGAGGCGCUUUUAGAGGUGAAAACUGCUUUUUUUAGAGUCUGUUGUAACAAAUUCAUGUAAUGUGAAUCCUUGCAUUCCUUGUGUGCAUAUAGCAAUGGCAAAAAUGAAGUUGAAGACAUUUUUAUACAUGUGAAAAUGUGGGGUACAUAUUUGAUAACAUGAUGAAAAUUUUUGAAGCAUCUACUUAAAGUGUUAGUAAAGUAAUUGAAUGCCUGUAACUAAGAGUUUCAACCAGUUUUUUUUUGUUUUUUUUUUUGUUU